GUGACGGGCUGCUGAAAAUAGGGGCGGCCAUGUUGUGUUGGUGAAGCGGAGCAGCUCGCAGUGACUGUGUUGUAAAUCACGUUAUUAAAUGAACUGAAGCGCUACCGACAGCGAUUUCUGCCUAUACCUAAACCUGCGGACUGCAGUAGGUACCACGGACGGAAGUCUAUCAGUUUGAACUGAAAUCUCGCCGAAGUCUGAGUCAGAAUGAGCGGAGGAACCCCGUAUAUCGGGAGCAAAAUCAGCCUGAUCUCCAAGGCCGAGAUCCGCUAUGAGGGCAUCCUCUACACCAUCGACACCGAGAACUCCACCGUCGCACUGGCUAAAGUGCGCUCCUUUGGAACUGAGGAUCGCCCCACUGACAGACCUAUACUGCCCAGGGAUGAGACAUAUGAGUACAUCAUCUUCAGAGGCAGUGAUAUUAAAGACCUGACGGUUUGUGAACCUCCCAAACCAACUUUGCCUCAGGACCCUGCUAUUGUUCAGGUGGGGGACAAAUCCUCUAUGGGAUCUUCUUCUGCACCAACAUCCUUCCAGUGUGGAAACUCUUAUGGACUGUUCAAACGGGCUCCAGUGUCCCCAUAUAGCCAGUUUACUAAUAGCCCAUUGGUUUCACCCCCAUUUGGGGCUGUUGGAGCUCGCAGCAGUCCUCCCCUGGAAUCCUUGCAGAAGAGUCCGCCACUGGAGCCAGCAGCACCGCCAGCCCCAUCUAUGAGUGCUGCUGCACCUGCCUCGGUGGGCCGGAGGAGUCCAAUCGCAGUGCGUCUAACCACAUCUGGUAACCAGAAGCCACUGGACAUCCUGGAGCAGAGGAGGGGCAAUGAAGCGCCAAAAGUGGCCACUCGACCCGAGUCUGAUCAGUCCAGAGGUGAAAACAAGGAUGCCUCUAAGCGGCAAGCAGCUGCUGGCCCAUCAGCUCCCCGUCGUGGUCGUGGAGGAGGUCAUCGUGGGAGGGGGCGUUUCCCUGUGAGGAGAGAUGGACCAAUGAAGUUUGAGAAAGACUUUGACUUUGAGAGUGCCAAUGCUCAAUUUAACAAGGAGGAGAUUGACAAGGAAUUCCAGAGCAAACUUAAGCUGAAAGAUGAGAAGACAGAGAAGGCGGUGAAUGGGGAGGAUAAAGGUGAUUCUGGGGUUGACACUCAGAACAGUGAGGGUAAUGCUGAAGAGGAGGAUCCUCUUGGCCCAAACUGCUACUAUGAUAAGUCCAAGUCCUUCUUUGACAACAUCUCCUGUGAUGACACAAGGGAGAGGAGGCAGACCUGGGCAGAGGAGAGGCGGAUGAAUGCUGAGACAUUUGGGAUCCCGUUGCGUCACAGCAGAAACCGUGGAGGUUUCCGGGGCCGUGGGGCCAUGGGAUUCCGCAACAACCGUGGUCGUGGGUCCAGGGGAUCAUUUGGAUCCUCACAUACAGGUGGCAGCGGUUUCAGGGGAGGGUUCAGAGGAGGCCAGGGAGGAAGGGAAUUCUCUGAUUUCGAAUACAGGAAGGACAACAAAGUAGCUGCAUAGUGCAAGAGAGAGCCAGAUCCACAAGAAGAUCUAACUCAUGGGGUAUACAUUUUCGGUCACUACUUUUGACUACAGGAAUGAAGAAAAAAAAAUUACUAGAUGUAUAUUUGUCACCAGCACUGGUAGAGACCACUUGAUAAGUGGAUGUAAAUGCAAUUUCUUUUCCAUAUCUUUUUAAAGGGUGGAAAUGUUUCCGCUUUUUCAAAUGUUAGUCUGACCAGAAUAUUUCCAGAUUGAUAAUUCUGUGUAUGUGUGUAUUUCAGAGGGACUUUUGUUUGUUUACUAAAUUUGUAUUUAAUGAUCUGUUAGAUAUAAAGUGACAGUGUACAUAUGCCCACAUACUGUGAGUACUUGAUCACUGAAAUAGCUUUAUUAUUGUUAUUUUAAAUAUAACUUCCCUCUUAGCAUUAGAACAGCCAGGUUGGGUCUCAGUUACAGCUUUUUACUGUAUUUUUCUACUUACUUACAUUGUUCACCCGAGUUAGGUAGGCAGUAUGAUUACACUUCACCUGUUCAAACAACUAGUGUGCAUUGGUGGUUUUCAGUAAAUGGCUUUUAUUUUUGUGUUUAUCUUAAACGUUUGUAUGUGAGGUUUGUAGUCAAUGCAAAUGUUUCUCAUCAAUGUGAGCUGUUGGAUAUGGACACAGAGGAAUGACUGUGUUAACUCAGAGUGUGUUUCACUAUAUUUAAGCUUGAUUUUUUGGGCUAAGCUGCAUUCCCUCUAGAAAACUGCAGUCUCAAAUCCUGAAAUGUUCUACCUUUAGGUGUCCCAAUGCCCAUACCUUUUAUAUGGCAUCAUUCAUUUUGUGUCUGUUUCACUAUGUACACCUACAUUGUAAUUGUGUCAUACAGUCAGUUGUAAGCUGUAAUCCAUGCAUUUCUGGCACCACUGUUCAGAUGUUAGGUGACCGAUGGUAGUGUAUCUUCAUUGUUCAAGUGUUUUCCUUGGCCUCCUCCAUGUGUGACUUGUUUCUGACAACAGGCCACAACAGGACAGGUAUUAGUGGAGUAUUUUGUAUACCUGCCACUGUAUGCAAUAGUUUCGGUACCCUGGUCAAAAUACAUAAAAGCAUUUGCAGGGAAGUGUCAUAUGUGUGUGUUCCCUGCAGAGGAUGUGUUCGCACUUAGAAAAUCAACAAAACAUGUAAUUUGACCAGGGCUGUACAAACUUUUGCACAUGACUAUAACUUCCAAAACAUUUAUAUAUAUAUAUAUAUGUAUCUUCUACAGUAAUGUUUAAAGCUAAAGUGACAUACAUAAUAAGAUUACUUAGCACCCAGAAUGAGAUAUUAAAGCACUGUUGUUUUUAAUUGUACAUACACUUAAUCUUUUAAGCAAAGCCUGUUUAUUGGAAACCAUUGUCACUGGCAAGGUAGUUAUGCGUGGUAUGUAUAUCAUCUGUAUUCCCAUACAUGAAUUAAGUCUGGUCUUGCACAAAAAAAAGCGCCAUGUUAAUGGUGAUUCAUUGGAAAUUGGUCUGAAAACCUGGAUUUGUACAGUGUACAGACUUGCUAGGCUUUAGUUAUAUUUAUAAGUGCUUGCUUGUACAACUUCUAUAUAGGCCAUUUUAACUAUAUAUGUACAGUAUGAAAUAUAAAAACAGGUAAACCUAGCAUGUAGUCAGGUUUCAUGUGCUGAUGAGAAUAUGCUGAUAUGACUUUAAUCUAGAUAUGCUUUAGUCAGUCAGCUCACUCGUGGUGCCAGAAUAGUUGCAUUGCUGCCUACUACUGGGGUUAUAAGGUAUGACACCACUGGCCUCAAGUAAGUGUACCUAAUGAAAAGUAUGAAAGCAUAUCAGCAUCAAAAUUAAAAUGAAAAUAGCAGUGUAAUCGUAAAUUUGAAUUACAAUUUUCCACUCAUACAUGCAAGUUUGGGCUCAAAAUGAAAAUUCAGUAAUUCAUAUUUGCUGUUUGAUGCAAUAGUAUUGUUGUCAUUUACAGAAUUUUUUUUUAUUCUUCUAGUAGAUUUAUUUAAAGUAAAAUGUAUUUCCAGAGCUGCAUAUUCAUGGUUUGAGAUUAUGUAAUAGUGGUGUCAAAAUGAUUAUUAAAAUGUAAUUUAUCUUUUAUGCACUUGCACUCUCUAGUAAUGUUUUUUUAAUUUGUAUUAUUAAAGUGAACAUCAAGCUUGAAAGAUGUCAAAAUUGAAAUGUAAAUGGGAAACAGCACCUCAUGACUGACAGAAUGAUGGCCAUGUUGUGAGAAUAUGUAAUUACAAAGCAAAGAGGCACUGUUUUCCACUUAAAUUAGAAUUUUAACAUUUUUCUAUCUUGUUCUCUUUGAUAAUGCGGUUUCAAAAACAGUGAAAAUGCAUAUACGAUACAUCCAUCCAUCCAUCCAUCCAUCCAUUUUCUAAGCCGCUUCUCCGUCAGGGUUGCGGGGGGAUGCUGGAGCCUAUCCCAGCAGUCUUCGGGCGAAAGGCAGGAUACACCCUGGACAGGUCGCCAGUCCAUCACAGAUAUACGAUACAUUUUAUUUUAAUUAUCAUUUUGACACCAUUGUUGCAUAAUCAUAUAAGGCAUGAAUAUAUAGUUCUUGAAAUACAACUAACCUUAAACAUAAAACUGCUCAUAAAGCAUUUAAAUCUCUGUGUAAAUUAAAUGUCUAUAUUAGUGCACCAAAUGAAAAUGGAAUUAUUGAAUUUGAAUGGCCACUUUGAGCCCAAACGUGCAUGUGUGAGUGGACAGUUUGAAUUUAAACUUAGGGAUGCCCUGCCAUUUUGCAUAUUACAUUUUGAUUUGAAUUUUGAAACCGAUAUGCUUCUAUAGAUGAGGCGCUUUAUCCCUUAUACAUUGCAAGAGUAUUUGCUGAAGCAAUUUUAAGAGAGUAUUAUAGUGGUCUGGGUCUUUGCACAGAAGCUAUACUGGUUAGCAGUGUGGUGGGUAAGUGAAUGUAAUGUACAGGUUGGCUGUAUGUAGAAGAUUUGUGCCAUUGCGGAAGGCUGUUUAAUUAGUCAUUGCAUUCCUCUUGCAUUGCCUGUAUCGCUGUAUGGAACAACGAGUGGCUGCUGUAUCUUUUAUAAUAUCAGUCGUCUAUUGUAUAUGUCCUGCAGAGUCUAGUUUCACUGGCAUGCUUACCUGGUGAAACUGGACUGGAUAUCAUAAUGUUUGUUUUUAACUGAUUUGGUAUGAACACGACGUCAGUUCCUGUCUACACCUGUGGUGUGCAUUAUGUGCAAUCUGUUCACAGCCCCACUUCCGAUGAGAUGUUUCACUGUGUGGGUUACUACUGCAUAUGAAGACUUUAUUGUUCCUAAUGAACAGGUUUAAACAUUUUAAAUGUAUCAUUCUGACACUGCAACCAGAUGAACUGAUGUUAUAAUUUGUUACCCUCUGUAUUAUGAAAUGUUUUCCAUUUUCAAACAUCUGUUUACCUUAAGCUUGUGAACAUCACAGUAUGGGGACAACCCAAGACAACCAAGAUAAACCACACCUCCACUCUAAUCACUACACCCAGGGCAAACACUACUCUUAGUACACUCAGCCAUAUACGCUUACAGUUAAAGUGAAAAUACAGUGAGAAUGUUGGCAGGGGAGGGGGCAAAAUACAUAUUCAGAAGUAAAACUUGUCUGCUGAGAGAAAGGAUUCGGCUUGAGUAAAAUUAGUGGAAAUGUAUUGGGCAGCACUGUCCAGUUUUACUUGAAUGUAAGCGUAUUUAAAUCUUUGAACUUUUUCAUUCAUGCAAGGUCUAAUUCACCUUAAUUGUUACUACAGAUUUUGUCUAUGCCCUUUUAUGUUCAUGAGUUACUGUUUCGAAAGUAGAAGUUUGUCCUACAGGAAAACUUCGGAGUGUAGUAUUUUUAAGAAUGCCCCUAACUGAAUUUUGACAUUUCCAGAUGUUGAAGUUCUCAAUGUUUGCUUCCCAGUAUCUGUCUUUCUUCAUCCAACUUCCCAUUAACCACAAAUCAGUUUGGUGUACUUGUGUCAUGGGUGUUAGCACUACAGCAAUAAUUUUGACAUCAUCUUGUUUCAACCUUCAUUGACCAACUGACAAUUCCUGGGUGCUGUAAAAUGCAAAUAGCAUAUUAAAGUGCAAGUAGCUGCUUGUAGAUCAAAACUUGGUUUGAUUAGUGGGAAAUUGUUUAGAAGUGUCCGUCUGCACUCGUUUCUGUCCACUUUAUUCUCAGAGGCUUACUGCAUUUUGAGCAUGGCUGACUUUAUAAAGGAGUUCUCUGGAUGUAAGCAUUUAUAAUCGAAUAUUGUUCCAGAUUUUUUCACAGUCUUAAGAACAUGGAACGUCAUUGUUAUCAAUAGAUGCUAGCUUAUGAAGUUUUGCACACUACCUAAAAAGUAAGGGUUAUAAUGAAAUGUUCAGUUUGUUAAAACUUCUGGCAAAAUCCAAUGUUUUAAUAAAACAAUUCAAGAGAUGCAGCUUUACUGUUUAAUUGAAAUAUGUCAGAUUAGUCAUUGCCUAUUCAGUUGCUUUAGGGAUGUAUUUUGAAGCUAAAGUAAAAUCCAGCCUUCUUACAGGUACACAGCAUCUGUCUGUAUAAUAUUCCUAGUAUGUGAAAGUAGAAUCAGGUCUUGCUGAUCCAUGAUCAGCACUUUUAAUUUAAAGGUGUUUAAUACAUGUAUACAGACGUUCAGUCGUGUUCACAGUUGGACACCCAGGAAGCAUGCUUUUAAUGUCAGAAGCCACCAAAUCUUGACGGAACGUAUGGCAAUGCUUGUGAGGCAAAUACUGUUACUGAAAUGUUCUGUAAUUGCGUACCACCAGUUUCUUUUUGUGUUGGUUUAACUUAGCAUUUCUUUCUGUAUGUACAUCUACAGUAACAUUUUUUUUGUUCAUUUUCAGCCCCAGCAUGGGGAAUGUACCUCAGUGUAAAGAGGUUUUUACUCUGAGAUAAGAAAAAUAAACAGUUGUCCUUUA